UCGGUGAAGUACAGUCAACGUUUAAUCGUUCUACAAACAACUUGCUUUACGCACCCAUUUUUAUCGCACACACAACACAGACCUUCUAACAAACAAUCCGUCAAAAUGUUCAGAUUGGUGGUGUUGUCUGCUGUCCUGGCCGUUGCCGCUGCUGCCCCCCACGCUACCCUGGUCCAUUCGGCGCCAGCUGUGACCGCCUAUCAUUCGGUGGCCGCUGUUCCGACCGUCGUGGCCCAGAAGGAAAUUUCCUAUCAGAAGAGCAUCGUCGAGGAACCAACCCUGGCCCAUGUCGGAAACAUCGAAAAGAAGAUCCCAACCGGACACUCGUACCAGAGCUUCACCCAGUACCACAACAAGCAGGUGGCCGAGCACGUGUACGCCCCAGCCGUCAAGCAAACCGUUGUUGAGACCCCGGUGGAGAAGACCGUCUACCACCAGGCUGCCGUUGCUACUCCAGUGACCACCUAUGCUGCUGCCCCAAUCGUCAAGGCUCAUGCCGCCAUCGUUGAAGCCCCAGCUGCCCACGUUAGCUACGUGGAAGCUGCCCCAGCUCUGAGCUACGCCACCGGAUACGCCGCUGCUGCCCCUCUGGGAGUGUACGGUGGACAUUACGGUGCUGCCACCUACUACGGUGCUGCCCCAGCUGCCGUCUACGCCAAGUACUAGGAUGCCAAUGUUGACUGUCUAAACGAAAAAACAAAAUCUACGAAUGGGGGGAUUCCAGCCAGUAGUGGAAGUUUAUUUUUCUUUUGUUCACUUUUUAGGAUUGUUUCGUGGAAGAUGAGAAAAAUAAGAAAACGACUGC